AUGAGGUGGUUCAUUUUUUUCGGAUUAUUGUCUUUGGCAAACUCUUUGUCAGAUACUGUGGAUACAGCAAAAAAAUUUUGCAACAUGAGUAAUUUGUGCUAUAAUGGAGCAAAAUCUAUAGCUUGCCUUUAUACUUCGAGCACGAAACCUGCAUGUAAUGGCACUAUAUUGCCAUUUAAUACAAAAGCUGUUGUUCAAAAACAUAAUGAUUAUAGACAAGCGAUUGCCUCUGGAAAAUAUUCACCAAAAUUUAGUACAGCAGCAUCAAUGCCCGAAUUAGUUUAUAGCGAUGAAUUAGCUCAAAUGGCUUUGUAUAAUGUUAAGAAAUGUGAUUUUAAACAUGAUGCUUGUCAUCAAACUAAUAAUUUCCCAAAUGCUGGACAAAAUAUUGCAAUGGCUUUCAUGACAUUAGGAGUGUUUGAUGCUGCAAAAACUGAUUCUUAUAUUUCUGAAUUUAUUGAUAGCUGGUUUAGCGAAUAUAGUGAAUCUAAUAUGAAUGAAAUUAAAAGUUUACCGCCAAAUAUGAGCAGCACAGGUCACUUUUUGCAAAUGGUUCAGGAGAAAUGCCGGCACGUAGGAUGUGCUUUUAUUUCUUAUGUAGAAGACAACAAAGAUAACGUAAUAUUCGCUUGUAAUUAUGGAUAUGGAAAUAUGCUAAAUGAUGCUGUUUAUACUACAGGACCACCUGCAAGUCAAUGUGCAUCAAAAAGUAAAUCCUAUAGUGCUUUAUGCUCGGCUUAA